AAUACACAAACCCUGCAGACUGAAGCAAAGUAAGAAUGUUUUGCGUUUUCUCUCUGAUUUUUCUGCUUGUGAUUCCUGGGGUUUGCAGACAGAAAUGGGGAGUUAAGUACUCAAAAAUGGCCAUAUGUGCUUUAAAGAGUUCAACAAUACAUUUAUCAGGCAGUUAUACACACCCUUAUGGUCUCACUGUGACAAAGAUAUUUUGGACUGUAAACCCAAAAAUAGGAGAAUCCAUCAAUCUGCUGGAUAAUUCGAAUUAUACAGGCAGAGUUGAGUACUUUGACAAAGACAAAUUUUUUUUUGUCAAGCUCAGUAAUGUGAGACAAGAGGAUGAAGGAAUGUACUGCCUCAGAAUUGAGACAAAGGUAGAAAAAGAGCGACAUCUGGGUUAUCCUGGGAUUGAGCUCACAGUGACAGAGCUCAGAGUGGAGACUCCUGAAGAGGUGGUUGAAGGAGAUUCUCCAGUCUUAAUUUGUAAAAGCUCUUGUAAUCUUGGCAGCACAAACUUCAGCUGGUAUAAAAACGGCGAGUCUUUCUCAAAAUGGGUCGGUGAGAAUCAGCUGAUUCUGCAGUCGGUCAGCAGGGAAGAUUCUGGAAACUACAGCUGUGCAGUGAGAGAUCUGAAAGAUCUGCCAUCUCCUGCUCUCACGCUCAACGUCAGAUAUCCUCCAAAGAGCGUCUCAGUGUCCGUCAGUGGAUCUGCUGUAAUAGUGUCUGGAGAUUCAGUGACUCUGAGCUGCAGCAGCGACUCAAACCCUCCUGCACUGAACUUCAGCUGGUUUAAGGAGAAUCAAAGCUCAGCUAUUGGAUCUGGACAGAGUUUCAGCAUCUCCAGCUUUAACACCAAUCACAGUGGACGAUACUACUGCGAGGCGCACAAUAAAUAUGGCUCUCUGAGAUCAGCGUCUGUGUCUUUAACAGCUAAAGAUGGCCAGAAUACACUUCUGUACGCUGCUGCUGGAUUUGGUGCUGCAUUCAUCUGCAUCUGCAUUAUUAUUGUGGCACUAAAGAUCAUAAGAAGGAAGACAGCAGAUGCAGAAGUCCAAGGUGAUUUAUCAAAACAGGCAAGUCCACAAUAGUAUGAGCAUUUCUACAGAUUAUUUCGAUCAGAUUGUGAGUGUUUGAACAAUGUGUGUUUA